AUGGUUAAGUCAGUCAGUGGGAAGGUUCGUCGUAGCAAGCGGCAGCAGGAUUUAGAUAUCAGUCCUUUGAUGAUGGCGGGAAAAGGGAAUAAACAGGAUGAGGGAAACGACGAAUAUAUUCAUGAAGAAUAUCCCGAAGAAGUAGAGGAAGCAGAAGAAGUAGAAGAAGAAGAAGAAGAAGAAGAAGAAGAAAUUCAGAAAGAAGUGGAACAAGAAGCAGAAGAAAUUGUCAAAGACGUAGAGGAAGUUUCUGCGCCUAAACCAUCUCAGCCAAAUGUAGAUGAAACAAUCCCAACACCUGAACAAGUGGAGACCCAACAUUUAGUCUCCAAGAAUAAGCGGAAGAGAGGAUUGACCAAGAUGCGAAAGGUUGCAAAAGACCCUCUGGUAAAAGUUGAUGUAGAUUUUACAUCACUAGGUAAGCAUGCAGGAUCUGGAUCAGUGACACUUUCGUCGUUUCUUGGCCCUCUUGUGAGGGAACAUGUUCCGGUUACACUUGCCGACUGGAGGCAACUAGAUGAUUUGAACAAGGAUACUCUAUGGGAAGAAAUUCAGGGGAGGUUUAACCUGCAAGAAGGUUGGCAAAAGACCGCAGUUUUCAGACAAAUGGGUUGUAUGUUCAGGGCUUCAAAGUCAAGACUUGUAAGAGAACUUCUUGCCACAAAGUCUCACGCGGAAAGACUCCAGUUAAAGCCAAGCAACAUCCACUCGAUUCCAAAGUGGAUCAACUGGGUCAAAAGUAGAACUAGCAAGGAGUUUAAGGUGGUAAGUGACAACUAUAGGGCUUUGCGGAAGGCUCAGAUUCCCCACACAACUAGCCGGAAAGGAAUGUUUCGCUUGGCUUAUGAAAUGAAAAAAAAGAGCGAUGACCCUACGAAGGUGACUAGGAGUAAGGUCUGGUUAGCCGGACACACGCAUGCGGAUGGAACACCUGUGCGGCCUGAAUUUGCUGAAACUAUUGAACAAAUACAGUCCAUUGAUAGUCAAAUGGAAUCCACUGCGAAUGACAACAUUCGAGAAGAUGUUGUUAGUCAAGUUUUGGGAAAAGACAAACCUGGAAGGGUUAGAGGGUUAGGCAGAGGAAUUACGGCAACGAAGCUUGCAUUCCUCCAUGUUAGAGAUGCACACGUGCAAAAGCUUGAGGCUUCACAAGCCCAGUUGAUUAGUGAGCUUCAAGACUUGAAGAAUGUAGUCCAUGACUUAGCUGGAAGAAAGAAACAAUAUGUUGAUGUACCUACUCAUUCGGAGGCGAGUCUUGUUAGCAAAGGAGGAGUAAAAUGUCAGUUGCUUGAUUGGUUUUCAGUAGACGAUAUUGUUUUCGGUGAAGGAGAAUUUUGUGCAGCUGAUCCGACGUACAAGAUAGAUCAUAUUCCUUUGGGACCUAAUGCGGCUGUUGUUGUUGUCAAAACUGCGUUGGAUAGCAAAUCAUUUGUAUGGAGGCCGACGCAAACAAUGUUCACACUUGAACAAGCUGUUGGCGUCAAAAUUCCGUGGCCAGUUGAUAAGGUGCUUUUAGACAGUGGUAUGAGCUCAUCAAGCGGCAAUAAAAGUGGUUCCACCAAGGGUGCAAGUUCAGAUGACUCGUCUGCUAGAUGUAGAAUUUAUGAUUGGAAUGUUGAUGGUGAAGUUAUUGCUGAGGGUUUACUGUGUUCGACUGACCCAAAAGCUACGGUAAACAACAUUCCACUUGGUCCAAAUGCUGCAAUUGUAAAGAUUGACCGUGUAUUUAACGAGGCGGUGUAUCUUUGGAGACCAACUUCUGAAAUGCUACUCGUCAAUGAUGCUAUCGGUGUCGAAAUCGCAUGGCAAGCUGAUAAGGUUGAAUUAGUAAAGGGACAAGCACGGGAUCAAUCAGGAAGAGGGUCGCCUGGGAGUGAAAGUACCAGCUCGGGAAGCAACAAAGGAGCAAAGAAGAAGUGCAUCCUCAUGGAUUGCAACAACUCUGGCCAGAAAGUCGCUGAAGGUCGAGUAUGCUCAACUGAUCCGACAGACGUAGUCCACUUCAAACCCUUGGGUCCCAAUGCUAGCAAGGUUUGGGUUGAGGUCUCAAAGAUCGGUGAUGCUAAGGUGUGGAGACCAAAUUCAGAAGUCACAUACAUUUCUGAUGCAAUAGGCACAACAGUAGCUUGGCCUAAUGAGAAGAUUGGGUACCUUUGA